AUGACGGAGGAGAGAAAUCGUUGGGAAGAAUCAAGAGAUCUUAGCUCUCACUUGCUACGUGAUCCUAGUCAACUUAUCCUCAUUAGGAAUUAUUUUAUACAAUUAGACUAUCACAACUCACUUCACAAUGUUGCUGGGAAGAAAAAGGCAGAGGAAGUGGCUGCUGAGAUUACUAGGAAGCUGGAGAAACAGGAGAAGAAAUGCUCAAAGAAGGUAAAGAAAUGGCAGGCUGCACUUGCCCUCGCAUCUUCAGAAAACAGCAGUAGUACUCCAGAGGAGAGUGAGGAGGCGAAUGAAAAACCGAAAAAGAAGAAAAAGAAAAAGCCCCAGGAGGUUCCUCAGGAGAAUGGAAUGGAAGACCUAUCUAUCUCUUUCUCCAAACCCAAGAAAAAGAAAUCUUUUUCCAAGGAGUUGAUGAGUAGUGAUGUUGAAGAGACCGCUGGCAGCCCCAGUCUUCCCAAGAAGAAAAAAUCUUUACUCAAGGAGGAAACAGUUAAUGACUCCAAAGAGGCAAGCAACAGAAGUGUCUCCAAGGAAAAGAGGAAAUUCUUCAAAGAGGAGCCAGUCAGCAGUGGACCUGAAGAGGCUGCUGGCAGCAAGAGCAGCUCCAAGAAGAAGAAAAAUUUCCAUAAAGCAGCCCAGGAAGAUUAG